UAAUUUGUUCCAGAUGGUCCAGGGUCGUCAGCAUUAUUGGGUGCUCUUACUGCUCCUCGCUCUGGUACGUUAUUCUUCCGGAGGUCCUUUGUCACAGGAUGCACCAAUUUAUCAACAGUCAGCAUUGACAUCUGACUUUUCACCGCACAGCAUCUUAAAGCGUUCGUUCUUUGACAUUCAAUGCAAAGGCGUGUACGACAAAGGAAUCUUCGCUCGUCUCGAUAGAAUAUGUGAGGAUUGCUACAAUUUAUUCAGAGAACCACAACUCCAUGCCCUUUGCAAGAAAGAAUGUUUCACAACGGAUUACUUCAAAGGAUGCAUGGAGUCACUUCAACUCAACGAUGAGAUCGAAUUGAUACAAACGUACAUUAAGCAAUUGCACGGAGCAGAGCCGGACUUCUAAGACACGUUCAAAAUACUAAUUCAAAUGUGUCCGAAACCAGAUUCCAAGAAAAUAUUAUUUACACAUCAUCACAAUCAAUACAAACUCUCAUCAUCAUACAAUACCAAAACAAUGAACGAAGGACAUCAGUAUUGUUUUCUUUAUAAAUCGAACUGUUUCGGGAGUGGCUUUUUCAAAGGAUGCCUGGAAGCUUUGAUGCUGACGGAGGAAGACGAAAGAUUUUCAAAAAUGGUGCAAUACGUUGGGAAGAAAAAAUAAGUUUAAGAAAAAGAUA